CACGAGGGGACGGGGCGGGACUUCGGGGGGAGGAGGCGGAGCAUUUGGGCUUUGGGCGCGAGCGAUUGAAAUACUGUUGGUGUCGGUUCUGCUGCUUAGGUCCGGCUCUGCGGUCCCAGCCCUUCCUCAUGGCUGACCCUGAGGAGUUUCGAGUUUCUUCGCCUCCCCCACCGCCUCCCUCCUCUCCCUCUUCUUCAGAUGUUUCAUCGGCAUCCUCCCCCAGUGUCCCAGUGAGUUUGGACUGGCCAGUUUCGAGCAGGAGCAGCGGCCGAACCGUGGACCCGCUGGAGGAAGUGGAGCUGCAGAUCGGAGAUGCAGCAUUUUCUCUAAUCAAACUUCUUGAAGCCACAUCUGCAGUAUCAGCUCAAGUGGAAGAGCUAGCCCUCAAAUGUACAGAAAAUGCACGUUUCCUUAAAACCUGGAGGGAUCUCUUGAAAGAAGGCUAUAAUUCUUUGAAACCUGACAACUGAUUUGGCCUGAUUUGGACAGUGUAACAUCCUUCUUAACAUACACUUUUUGCACAUGUACUGCAUACAUAGGAUGAUCUCUUUCCAGCAGUUCUAUAUACUCAGAAUGAAUUUUUUUCUUGACUUUUAUGAAAGUGGAAUACUGAUAUUUUUGAUGCAGACCAGUGUUUGUUUAUUCCUAAGUACUUUCUGCCCUCUAAACUUUUGUAGAAUCCUUUAUGGAAGUUAAUUUCAUCUGUAGAUAAUUAAUGUUAAUAGUGCGACAGUGCUACCAGUAGCAUACUACACAGAUCGGGGUGCAAGAAUGGUAGACUUUGAAGUUGAGCUUCAUUUUAUGGUCCAAGGAGGUAACUAAGGUUGCCUAUGGUAGAUCCAACUCCAUUAGGGUAAAUUCUCCAAAACCCAUGAUUGAGUCUUGCUUUUAUAUCCUUAGCACUUGAAACAGUAUCACACAAUACUUGCUAAAUCCUUGUUGAUUAAAAGACAAACAUAAUUAAAAGCUUUUUUCCCUCCUAUUUUUAGCAUGAAGACUAAUUGUUUCUCUAAAAAUGUAUGAAUCUGAACUUUAUUGACUUGAAGGAAAACAUUCUCUUUUUUAAUGGGAAUUUGAACUUUGUUGAUAGUUUUUAAAAAUAUAAUUUUUUUUUUUUUGCCCUUCGAAGAUGCUUUUUUAAAAAGCAUGUCAGAAAAUGAAAGUGUGUCUAGAAAGAAUGCAUGUUUUUGCCCUAUUUAUUUUUAUGGUUAAUUGCUCUCAUUAAUAUUUCUUGUAUUUUACAUUUUGUAUGUUUGAGUUCUUGCUUUAAAAUACCUUAUCAAAUUUGUGACUCAGUACUAUUACUAAGUUGCAAGUUAUUUACAUAAUAAUUCUAAAGAAAUUGCUUUGUUUCCAAUGUAUCAAAUUUCAGUGACAGUUUUCAAUUUUAUGUGUCUUGUAUCUUGUAUUGUUUUUUGGUGGUUUGUGUAAUGUGUCAACAAUUAAGCCAACUCUAAUGCUCUACUAUAUUAUAAUUUUUUAAACAUAUUUGAUGUGGCAUUUUAAUUCUUUGUAGAUAUGGAGAUGUGUACAGAAUUGUAUUCUUAAGCCCCACAAUGGGGACAAUGCAAGGGGACAUGUGGAUGGGCAAAGAAUAGUUUUGUUCAGCAUAUUAGGUCAUAGAUCUUCAUUAAUUUUUUAGUUAAAGAUCACACAUAUUGUGUGAUUUUUAUACCAAAGAGAUGCUCAUUUCAAUAUUAUAAAAAUAUUUUUCUUACAUAUUUCUGAAAGUUGCAUUUUUUAAAAUGUAUAAAAAUAAACUUAAAAGCAAAUUUUGUUUCUAUU